UGCACUGUUCUAAGUUUUUACAUUUGAUUAGAUUACUUUGUAAAUAUAAUAGCUAUAGUUUUAGGUUAUAAGAUAGAGAAAGAGUGGAAAAACGCAAAUAAUAUACUACUAAAUACAUGAAAUGAUUUAGCCCUAAGAGAAAACACAACCUAAUCAGCUAUCAUCGACCUUUUAUAUUUUGAACAACGCUGUCAGUGGGACCACACCCCUUUUCAACUAUUUCAGCAAGUGAAGUUAUGUAGUUCUUUUCGUGUAACAUCUUUCAAAGGUAGUAUAGCUUAUAUUGAAGGUUAAGUUUAUUAAAAUGAAUUGUGAUAUAAAUGGAACGUGUGACAGCAGUAUGGAAUCGGUUUCUUUUUGGGAUUUCAAAGGGCAUUUGGACUUUGUUGACAAUUGGUUUAUGAUGAGUACUCCAUAUCCCAUGCUGGCCAUCACAGCUAUGUAUCUCCUGUUUGUUCUGAAAAUAGGGCCUGAAUAUAUGAAGAAGAGACCGCCAUUUGUAUUAAAAAACAUUUUAGUGGCGUACAAUGCUUUCCAAGUAUUAGCUUCUGCUUAUUUAGUUUACUUGUGUACCAAAAUAAUGAUCCCCAAUGGUUUUGUGAGCCGAACGUGCCUCUUGGAGAAAGAAGACACCAGAUAUGCUAUCCCAACGGCCAUGUAUUACUACCAUCUGGCAAAGGUCAGUGAACUUUUGGACACGAUAUUUUUCGUGUUGAGGAAGAAGGAUAAACAAGUGACGUUCCUCCAUGUAUACCACCACGCGCUCAUGAUAAUCACCAGCUGGGCUUUCUUGAAGUACGAGCCGACGUAUACGACGAUAUUCAUAAGGAAUAUAAACUCGUUUGUCCAUAUAGUGAUGUAUACUUACUACGGAUUGGCCGCGUUCCCAAGCUUGGCGAAAUAUUUGUGGUGGAAGAAAUAUAUUACAAGUAUGCAACUGGUCCAAUUCUCAUUAAUUUUAAUUCAGUUCGUGAUGACGUGCAUUCAAUCAGAAUGCAAACCGUCUUACGGCGUCUGUCUGGUUGUUAUCAUGAACACAACACUCUUCUUACAUCUGUUCAGACAAUUCUAUGUCAAGACUUACAAGCAGAAGAAAAACCUAAAGGACAAUAAAAAUAGAGUCAUGAAUGAUAAAAUGAAUAAUGAUGAUAACGUAACCUUGAAUGGAAAUCAUUUGAAGAAUAGAAAAACUAUAAUGAAUGGUAAUUGAUAAAGUGUAGAGGAAUAUUUUAAGGAUUUAAAUUAAUAAAUAAUUUAAUAUUUAUUA